CCCUUUCGUCUUUGACACACAAUGCGCAUGCGCGAUCAUUAAACAGCGCUCUGUCUCAGAAAGACGCUAGUACUCCGGAGCGUCAGCAACAGCCAUGACUGAAGAACGAAAUGGUGGACAGACGCCUCCAGCGUUUACCUUCAUCGACGAAGCAACCGCGGGUACAAGCCGUGAAGGCGGCGAGGGUGCUUCAGGCACUUCCGACGAUUACACUACAUGUCUUCGGCUCUACCUGGAAGCACAAAGUCAAAGGCCAAUACGUAUGCCUGAUUCUAGCAUUUGUGACGGAUACAUCAAUGAUGCGUGGGAGGCGUUGAACAGCCGGACCGAUGCUACUGACGUCAAUGAUGCCACUGACAGCGGAAGCACCAAUUACGCGCCUGCAGUAACCACCGACAGGACCGAUCACGCGAGUCCCAGUACGAGUCGGGCUGGCAUCGAGAAAGUAUCGUCCACUACGAAAGGCAUCGCAAGCAGUUCUGACGACGCCUGGCGUUACCAGUCAAACACGGAGCGCAGGCCGAUAACCGACCAGAUUUACAACCUCGACGGUGUAUAUUCCAACGGUAGCCCUAGUCACCUGCACCUGGGGCCCACAAGCAGCAUCAAUCCCACAAAGCCUAGCACAAGCCGCACUGGAAUGUUGGAAGCAUCAGAAAGUUUACUAUGUGGAGCCAGAAAUCCUCAGAGCACUCGGGUUCACCAGCGCAACACGCAGUACCACCCGGCAGAAGGCACAUCCACCGUCUACGGGUAUGCACACAACACAGAAACUAGAAGCACCGAUAUCACACUUCCGGCCUACAGCAGUAGCGGCGGCGGCAACCAUGCUGUGGCCAGUACAAGCCACGUGGGCACACAGGAAGCAUCAGGCAUUCCGGGAAACGAUGCUAGGUUUUGCGAGGCCGCCUUGCGUUACCAGAGGAACACGCAGCACACGCCGAUGGCCGACGAGACUUGCAACGUCGGCGGUGCCACUGACAAUGACAGCACAAGUUGCCAGCACCUGGGGUCCGUCAGGAGCAUCGAUAACGUAAGGCCCAGCUCAAGCCGCGCUGGCAAGGAGAAAGCAGCCGCCACUUUUAAGGACGGCACCACGAAUGCUCCUGGAACCGGAGGAAGGGAACAACGAGAGUUGUGUGGUGUCUGUGGCAAUGUUUCCAGCAGACCGAAUGCCUUACACGGACACGCCAAGGAACACACGGAUGACACAACCCAUAUUUGCAGAGCCUGUGAUCAAUCGUCUGUGAAGAUGUCUAAAUCUGUAGAACAUUUCCGCAACCGCACUGGCAAAAAACACAAAUGCGAAACCUGUGGUAAACAGUUCCACUGGGCUCAUGAUCUAACUCAACAUCAGCGCACGCACACAGACGAGAGACCCUACAAAUGCGAAAUAUGUGAAAAAUCGUUCCGGCACUCGUACCCGGCGCCUGCCGACCGCUUCGGCGUCGGUCGACUCGCACUCGGCUUGCCGCCGCUUGCGGUGCUGCUCACCUCUUCUCACUUGGCGCUCGGUCUGUCGACCGACAGGCGAACAGAUACAUCCAUAGCGAUCACAGAUCCCGGAGCAACAGCCAGGAGAUACGAACCCAGUGUGCCUCCUUGUACGUGGCCGCACCACCGCGCACUUCUCUGUACCUCCAAGCGCCCUCCUCUACCUGCGCUCGGUUCCCUGUCGCAGCUCGGCAGCCUGCGACUUGACCUCGCUGAUUUCAACAAGUGGACUUGUACGCUUUAG